AUGGCUCCCUUCGCCGAAGUCGGGGGCUUCCUGGGGGGCCUGGAGGGCUUGGGCCAGCAGGUGGGCUCACACUUCCUGCUGCCUCCUGCCGGGGAGCGGCCGCCUCUGCUGGGAGAGCGCCGGGGCGCGGCGGAGAGGGGCGCCCGCCCCGGGGCGGCAGAGCUGGCGCACCUGCACGGCAUCCUGCGCCGCAGGCAGCUCUACUGCCGCACCGGCUUCCACCUGCAGAUCCUGCCCGACGGCAGCGUGCAGGGCACCCGGCAAGACCACAGCCUCUUCGGCAUCCUGGAAUUCAUCAGUGUGGCAGUGGGACUGGUCAGUAUUAGAGGUGUGGACAGCGGUCUUUACCUUGGAAUGAAUGAUAAAGGAGAACUCUAUGGAUCAGAGAAAUUGACUUCUGAAUGCAUCUUUCGGGAGCAAUUUGAAGAGAACUGGUAUAAUACCUAUUCCUCCAACGUAUACAAACAUGGAGACACUGGCCGCAGGUAUUUUGUGGCACUUAACAAAGAUGGAACUCCAAGAGAUGGUGCCAGGUCCAAAAGACAUCAGAAAUUUACGCAUUUCCUACCUAGACCAGUGGAUCCUGAAAGAGUUCCAGAAUUAUACAAGGACAUACUGAUGUACAGUUGA